UCGGCACUCUAAAGCACACAGCCUCCGCGAUUGCAGUGGUGUGCUUGCUUUCGUUUUCUCUUAUAUAUAUAUAUAUACAUAUAUAUAUAUAUAUAUAUAUAUAUAUAUAUAAAUAUAUAUACACACCUAUAUAUAUAUAUAUAUAUAGAGAGAGAGAAAGAGAAAGAAAGAGAGAGAGAGAUAAAGAGAUUAUUCUUUUGCUGUUGUUGUUAUUGUUAUUGUUGUUAUUGUUACUGUUGUUACGUCCUUUCUACGCGUUUGGUGCCAAAACGUUUUCGGAUCGGUUUGUUAAUCGUCGUUGUAAAAAAGAGAAAACAUCGGGGAGAAUCGACGUCGGGGACGUUUGACUUUCUUUUUUUUUUUUCGUUAAAUCUUCUUUUUUUUAUUUUUUUUUAUUUUUUUUUGUAUUUUCCAAUUGCAUAUCUCUCAAAUCUCCUUUUUUUUCUCUUUUCCGAAACAACACGCAUUUUUUUUCCGAUCGGUUUACCAGGAACGAAGGGACGAAGCGAUCUUCCGACAUCAUGAAACUUACGCUCUUCACAUUAUUAGCUUUGUGCCUAAUAGCUCUCUGCAGGUCGGCCGAUGAGGAAUACGAUUACGAGGAAGAGGCAGUGGCCGCUGUGACCCCAGCCCCAAGUAAACCAGCACCUGGUAGACUGGGAGGACUCUUAUCCUCGAGAGGACGAGUCAACGUCGGUGGAAGAAAAGCAACGCCGGCACAAUCUACGACCGCUAAACCAGUCGAGCAACAGCCAUUGGAAGAGGAAGAAGAGGGUGAGGAACCGCUCGAGGAGAUUCACGAACAAGAGGAGAUCGUCACUACGACGACCGAAUCUUUGAAAAAGGUUCGAGGCGGUGUUAGACCUUUCAGAUCAAACGAGGAUCUGAUAGCCGCAUUGAAAAGGCGACGUGCUCAGACUGGACCAAGUAGUAGUCAUACUCGUGAAACCUCAGGUACACAGGCUCAAACGGAAUCAACGACUCCGAAGUCGAGAACGUCGGCGAGCGGUCGCAAUAAAGCUGGUAAUUCGGGUGGAGGAGAAUCAAGGACAACAACAGCGAGCCGUGGCAGAUUUGGUUCAUCGAGAGGUAAACCUGUUCAAGAAGAGGUCGAGGAAACGCAACAAGAAGAAAUCCAAGUUAAACCUAAACCUUAUCGUAGGGGAUAGAUAUCGAAAGGUUUUUAAGCAUCAUAAGAAAAAAAAGAUAGAUAGAGAUAGAGAUAGAGAUAGAGAUAGAGAUAGAGAUAGAGAUAGAAAUAGAGUUAGAAAUAGAGUUAGAAAUAGAGAUAGAGAUAGAGAUAGAUAGAUAGAUAGAGAGAGAGAGAGAGAGAGAAGGAGAGAGAAAUCCUUUCUCUUACCUAACUUUCCGCAAAAGCAAACGAUCAAAGUUUCUCUAAAGCGUAAUAUAGCAGCAAGAAACGAUCUUUAUCUUAGUCCUUGUCCACGUGUCCUUGACCUUGCCUUUUGCUUUUGCGUAUUAUAGAAGUAGAUAAUAUUAAUUAACCUUAAGUUAAAUUCAAAACGAAACAAGAA